AAAGUUUAAUUAAGGUUUCACGCUCCUUCAAUUAAUUCUCACAUGAUACGCGUGAGGAAGAAGUUGUCUUACCCAGUUGCGUUAACCCAAGGGUUUACCGAGCUCAUUUGAGAGAGAGAAGAGGAGAUAGCGGACGCCCAUCAUCAUCGAACACUCUGCUGUUCUCUUCCUCAUCGGUGUUCCAACCUGCAGGAAAACCGGGCCAAUCGCAUCCAUGUCGCGCCAUCAUCUGCUGCAGGAUUGCCGUUAACUCCAAGGCUGAGUUCCUGACAAGGUCCAAUUCACAGUCAAAGAGAGAGAGAGAAAGAGAAAGAGAAACCCGCUCCCAUUAAACUAGAGGAGCUCCUCGGAUGCUCAUCCUGUGGCCACUUCUCGGGCGUCACCUUCUCCUCCCCCUCGUGCCAUUGCUGAUUUCUAGGUUCUUGGGAAUGGUGGAGAAGCCUGGGAAACACCUUUUUACGAGGCCUUGAGGAAGGACCUGUCUUGUCUUCCCCACAGAGAUAUCUAGCUUCUUCUUCAGCUGAGAACCAAAGCUUCUGCUAGUGGAUCGAUCGAGCUGGUCUCUUGUCAGUCGGAUGAAGGACAGAGUGGUGGUGUGAGAGGAACUGGUGGUGGAGAUGGUGCAGCAGCUAAACAGCCUCGGUUUGGAUCUCUCGAGCGGGACAGCGACCGAAUCGGAGUUGCCGGCUACUCCCUCGGUGGUUUACAUGGACGUCAACGUCGUCCCCGAGCAUGACAAAGAAGGACUGGCAUCCACGAUCUCCAGCCUCCAAGGCAGUAUGGAAAUGUCGGAGUUGAGAUCGAAGCAGAUAUACCUCGACGCUAAACGGCGAGAGGCUCUCGACAAGAUACUAGACAUCAAAGGAAGCAUCAGGGUGUUCUGCCGAGUCAAGCUCAUGGAUGAGAGAAAGGCGGCGUCGCCCAUCUCCACCGAAGCAGACAAGAUCACUGUUCGAUCGGCCGGAACGAGGAAGGAAUUCGUCCUCGACCGGGUGUUCCACCCGGAGUCAACGCAAGAGGAUGUCUUCCGAGAAGUCAAACCGAUCCUGAGAUCUGCGCUCGAUGGUCACAACGUCUGCAUCUUAGCAUAUGGUCAGACUGGAACGGGGAAGACGCACACAAUGGAAGGAAACAAUGGCCGUCCGGGGAUCGUUCCUCGAGCCAUAGAAGAACUCUUUCAUCAGAUUUCUCGGGACGAAUCAGCUUCGUUUACCUUGUCGAUGAGCAUGCUUGAAGUCUACAUGGGAAGCCUCAGAGACCUGUUCGUCCACAGGCGAUCUCCAGCUCGAGUCACGCAUCGGAUUCCUAAAUGCAAUCUCAGCAUCCUGAGGAGCAGCGACGGCACGGUGGAGAUCGAGGGACUCACAGACGUGCAGGUGACCGACGUGAAGCAGGCUCGCCGGUGGUAUGCCAGGGGGAAGCAUGCUCGCUCUACCUCCUGGACUAACGUCAACGAUGCCUCGAGCCGGUCGCACUGCUUGACCAGAAUUACCAUCUCUCGAUCGAACGACGCGGUGGACGGCACUAACAAUCUUGUUAGCAAGAUUUGGCUGGUGGAUCUCGGCGGCAGCGAGCGCUUACUGAAGACAGGCGCCACCGGACAGACGCUGGACGAAGGGCGGGCGAUCAAUCUAUCGCUAUCUGCGCUUGCUGAUGUUAUUGCUGCUCUAAGAAGGAGGCGCGAUCACAUCCCUUACAGGAACAGCAAGCUCACUCAGCUCCUCAGCGACUCGCUAGGAGAUGGGUCGAAGGUUUUGAUGAUCGUGCACGUCAGUCCUGGCGAAGACGACGCAGGGGAGACUGUAUGUUCUCUGAGCUUUGCUACGAGAGUCAGAGCUGUGGAGGCAAGCAGAGAGCUGUCAGAGGACACCAAGAAACGGAAGCAGCAGCGCGUCGCAGAGCUCGAGCAGGGAGUCCAAGAGGCCGAAGAAGAGCUGCGGAGGGUGAGAGACCAGAUGGAGAGGACCGCGAAGCUGAUCCAGGAGAAGACGAACACCUUGCGAGUUGAUCUAAGGGGAUCACCGAGAAGCCCCCUGACACUAAACCCUGUGGAACUCGACGGAGGAGACACCAAGACGGCAGAGAAGCCAGUGCAAAGGGCACGCGCAGCUCCGGUUCCUCGUUUCAUGUCCUCCACGGCGUGCAGCCGGCGGCGGCAGCAGCAGGCUGCAGAAUCACUGGGCAGGGCGAGAAGGAGAUCGACGGAUUUGCGUGGAUCGCAGUCGCACAGCUGCUAUCAAACGUCAAAGAAGAUGACAGUGGCAUACAGGCGAAGAGAUCCGCCAUUGUCAUUGCAGUGUAAUCCACUGAACGUGAGCCACGACAGCGUGGAUUCAAGGGGAUCCUGGUCAUCGUCGAAGACCAAGAAGGUCUCUAAUUCUAAUCCUAAUCUGAGAGUUGCAUUGCAUCAGCAGCAUCGAAGAAGGAUGUCUGAUCUAAUCUAAGUCGAUGUUUGGUGUAGAGUAGUUCGCCUAAGCCGCAUCUUUCUUCUUCUCUUCCUCGAGGAAAGGCAUGUUUCAAUGAGAUGGCUUGAUCAUUCUUUUGGCUAUGUCAAUGAUUCCCUUUGCUUGGCA